GGGAGUGGACUGGCCGGGCCGGACGUAUUCGAGCGACGCGGGGAGACCGGCGGUCGCGACGCCCCGGGAGCCGCCGACAAGAAGGAAGAAGAUGAGCCUUAAGUCUGAACGCCGAGGAAUUCAUGUGGAUCAGUCGGAGCUCCUAUGCAAGAAAGGAUGUGGUUACUAUGGCAACCCUGCUUGGCAGGGUUUCUGCUCCAAGUGCUGGAGGGAGGAGUACCACAAAGCCAGGCAGAAGCAGAUCCAGGAGGACUGGGAACUGGCAGAGCGACUUCAGCGGGAGGAGGAAGAGGCCUUUGCCAGCAGUCAGAGCAGCCAAGGGGCCCAAUCCCUCACUUUUUCUAAGUUUGAAGAAAAGAAAACUAAUGAGAAGACCCGCAAGGUUACCACAGUGAAGAAAUUCUUCAGUGCUUCUUCCAGGGUUGGAUCAAAAAAGGCAGAAAUUCAGGAAGCAAAAGCUCCCAGUCCUUCCAUAAACCGGCAAACCAGCAUUGAAACGGAUAGAGUGUCUAAGGAGUUCAUAGAAUUUCUCAAGACCUUCCACAAGACAGGCCAAGAAAUCUAUAAACAGACCAAGAUGUUUUUGGAAGGAAUGCAUUACAAAAGGGAUUUAAGCAUUGAGGAACAAUCAGAGUGUACUCAGGAUUUUUACCAGAAUGUGGCUGAAAGAAUGCAGACUCGUGGGAAAGUGCCUCCAGAAAGAGCUGAGAAAAUAAUGGAUCAGAUUGAGAAGUACAUCAUGACUCGCCUUUAUAAAUAUGUGUUCUGCCCAGAAACCACUGAUGACGAGAAGAAAGACCUUGCUGUUCAGAAGAGGAUCAGAGCCCUCCACUGGGUUACACCUCAGAUGCUCUGUGUCCCUGUUAAUGAAGAAAUUCCAGAAGUGUCUGACAUGGUGGUGAAAGCAAUUACAGAUAUCAUUGAAAUGGACUCGAAGCGUGUGCCUCGUGAUAAGCUGGCCUGCAUCACCAGGUGCAGCAAGCACAUCUUCAACGCCAUCAAGAUCACCAAGAACGAACCCGCCUCCGCGGAUGACUUCCUGCCUACUCUCAUCUAUAUCGUGCUGAAGGGCAACCCGCCGCGCCUCCAGUCCAAUAUCCAGUAUAUCACCCGCUUCUGCAACCCGAGCCGACUGAUGACUGGAGAGGAUGGCUACUACUUCACCAACCUGUGCUGUGCCGUGGCUUUCAUUGAGAAAUUAGAUGCCCAGUCUUUGAAUUUGAGUCAGGAAGAUUUUGACCGCUACAUGUCUGGCCAGACCUCUCCCAGGAAGCAAGAAUCUGAGAAUUGGUCUCCUGAUGUUUGUUUAGGUGUUAAGCAAAUGUAUAAGAACUUGGAUCUCCUGUCUCAAUUGAAUGAGAGACAGGAAAGGAUCAUGAAUGAGGCCAAGAAACUUGAAAAGGACCUAAUUGAUUGGACGGAUGGAAUUGCAAAAGAGGUUCAAGACAUUGUUGAGAAAUAUCCGCUUGAAAUUAAGCCUCCAAAUCAGUCAUUAGCAGCUAUUGACUCUGAAAAUGUUGAAAAUGACAAACUUCCUCCGCCAUUGCAACCUCAAGUUUAUGCAGGAUGAUAAAAAUUGACACAGAUAGUAUUUAUUUGGGCCUAAAUUGUAGGUAGCCCUUACCACAGUCCCUUGAUUGGGAUGUAGAAUAUAACUUAAUUGCUUGUAAAGGUCAGAAUGUUGUUAAAGGUACAGUUUGUGGGGGUUGUUUUGUUUUGUUUUUUUCUUGGCAGGGGAAGCUUAGUAAUUAAUAAGCUACUAUUUAUUUGAGUUGCUGAGAUAGAUUCAUUUAAGGCUUGUGUGAAAAUUUUGUCUAAAUCUUUUUUUUCCUCCAUGAUUUUCCUAUGCACUUCCUCUGUGGCAUUCACUGUGGUUUGGUUUUGGGUAAAUAAUUGCCUUUUAAAGGAUAAAACAAAUGAAUGUUACAAAGUGUGUAUUUGAGGGAAUUAAAUGGUACCACUGUUCCACAGUUUGAAAUAAUUUUAUAAUUGUAAAGACAGAAGAUAUAUUGAUAAGUAAAUAUGUAAAAUUGUAAAUAUUUUUUUAAAAAAUGGUGUCUGCUGUGCAUGGCAUUUCAUGUAUUCAUUUUUUUUUAGUUUAAAAUGAAAUAUAUUGAAUGUUUGUCCUUAGCACCAUAUUAUUUGGUUUACCCUACUAAAAUGAAUCCAGAAGUGUUUAGACUUACUCCCUUAAAAUGUGGACUCCAUCAUAACAGUAUGUUAGCCCUAACUUUGAGAUCCUGUACAGUCAGAGACUAUGACACCAUUAAGGUUCAGGAUAAUUUUUUGGUCAUGUAAAGUUGCUGUUCUCAGUGUAAUCGUUUGAAGACUUUGAACCAUACUUCUAGCAUCUUUUUUCUACAUUCAUUCAGCAAUUCUUUAUUGCGUUCUUUGAUGUAAAGGAGCUGGCUCUGGGUGUGGGGUGGAAGAUGGCAGUAGGGUGCUCUGCUGGUGAGGAUUGAUGGGGUUCCCUCAGAGCUGUAGAGUGCAGGGGUGCCUUGCAGCCUCCAAUGUGAACUUUUGGGCAACCCAGACACAUGUCAUAUAAACCUCUUUCAGGGUUUGUUUGUUUUUUGGUGGCUGGCCAGUACAGGGAUCCGAACCCUCAACCUUGGUGUUAUAACACUGUGCUCUAACGGAGCUAACCGACCAGCCCUCCUUUUUAGAGUUUCUUACCCUCAGUACUGUUGACAUUUGUGCCCUGAGAAAUUCUUGUGGUGGCGGCUGUCCUGUGUACUGUAAGGUGUUUACAGCAUCCCUGCCCUCUACCUGAUGCCAGUAGCAGCCCCCACAGUUGUGAAAAAUUGUCUCCAGACAUUGCCAAAUGUCUCCUGGGGGUGAAAUUGCCCCCAGUUAAGAACCACUGAUCUCUGGUUAGUGAGGGAAUGAUCCUCCUGGUAGUUAAUAUGAUGUAACCAAAGAACAUGGCAUCAAAUGCACAGUUACAGUGUUAACUGAUACCUCAUUCAGUGAGGCCCUACAGCUACCUGCAGUGUGGAAACUUUUCUAAUGCUAAUAGAGCCUUCAUAGCCUAAAUAUACCACUGAUGAUGCUUCUUCCAGUCAGGGACCUCUGCAGGUGAUCUGUGUACGUGUGAAAUGGUAACUCCCCGGGCACCGUUCUUGAACAGAGCCACAUCACACAAGCAGUUUGAAAGGUUCUCUGGCUUUCCCAUGAUCUUCCUAAGAGUGUACGUGUACCACAAAAUUGUAGAGUAGUAAUUUUGGAAUAAAACUAGGGUAGUUAUAAAACUUUUUAUGCUUUAUUUAAAUUUACAUAUAAAAUCUAUCAAGUAUGGCACAUCUAAUGUCAUAAAGCACCGAAGACAUGAAGCAGUUAGCCAAGUCAGCUUGUCAACAAGUGCACAUGGGAGGUGAUGAGUUACUAUCACAUGCCAGGAAGAAUUUUCUUGUAGAACAACCUUGGCCCAAAUGAUUUUAGUAGAAAGCUUCCCCUUUUUUGUGUGUACUUUCUAGGUGCUAAUUUAGGUAUGCAUAGUCUUAAUUCUCCUAGAAAUAUGCAGCUCUUUUAGUUGUUGUACAUUAUAUUUGUUAAAUAAUAUGUGCAUAUCAGCCUCCUGCAAAAGCUGGCUUCUUUGGAUUUCUUACAUAUUUUUAAAGUAAGUUGUCGUGUUGAUUUUUUGUAGAUAGCUCAUAUUGGUCUAAUUCUUCAGAUAUGGACUCUUGCCUUAUGUAGAGGCUUAUAUUUCUCUUAAGUCAGCAUCAAUACAAUGGCCAGAGUUUCUGUUUUCUCAAAAGAAAGUGUUAAUAUUUUAUGGAUUAUAAAUGUUAUUGGAAUAAAGCUUUGGAACAGAAGUUCAUAUUACUAAAGUUUCAUGAUCUAUUCCUCGAACAAAUAGAUUGAUUUUAGCUCUUUAAGAGAAUAUACAUUAAUAUUCUUAUUUUUCAAAGGUUUCCUUUUCAAGCUAUAACCAUCAUUAUCAUACUUAAAAAUGAAACAUUGUAAUGAGACAUUUUCCAGUUAAAAUUAAAAACCAGGUAAGGAUAUUUGCUAUCACCACAAUUAACAUUGUUCUGAAAGUUUUAUCCAAGAUACUAAGUCUUUAAACAGAAAUAAAGGUAGAGGAAAAAGGAUUUAAUCUGAUCAUUACAGAGAUAGUUUGGUGGUGAGGACAUGAACUUGAGCUAGAAGGCUUGGAUUUGGUUUUCAGCUUUGAUUCUGCCUCUUACUUGUUAGCUCUUGGCCUUGAGCAGUUUUCUCAUGUUUCAGUACCUCAGCUGAGAAAUGUGUUAAUAAUAGUACCUGCUUCAAGGGAUUGUUGUCUGGAUUAAAUGACAUAGAACAAAUGAUAGCAAUGCUCUGUGGUUGCCACCUUGAAAUUGUUAAUAAUUUCAUCUUUGAAUUUCUGUUGUGUCAGUGAAAUCUGAUGGGGUAAUGGAGCAUGCAGUGGGAGCUUGGAGCCUUGGCACAUGCCUGGUCUUGUCUUCUGCCACCUGCCCAGAGCAGGUACCCUGUGACCUCUCUAGCCAGAGCCUGGGCACCUAGGAAUGGCUGUGCUUGAGUGUGCAUGCCUGUGGUGGUGUCUUGGGACAGGGCAUGACGUUGGCCAGUGCUGCCGUGGGCAAGUGGCAGCUGAGAGCUGCCCAUCGAUUGGGAGUCAAUUACAGGAGGUCAGAAGUGGAGCUGAAAGUUCCAACCCUCUAGUUAACUUGGUCUUUCUGGUGACCCGCUCCAUCCUAAGUCAUCUCAUUAGUAUAAACUCAGGUGUGAUCUAAAGGGCCUUGUGAAUAACUAAAGACACUCCUAUCACUGAGGAAGUUUUAGGAGCUCUGUGCCAGGAACUGGGGACAAAGACCAAAUACAUUUAUUAAACCACAGACUUGAAUAGACAUUUCUCCAAAGAAGAUCUACAAAUGGCCAAUAAGCACAUGAAAACAUGCUCUACAUUGCUAACCAUUAGGGAAAUACAAAUCAAAACCACCGUGAGAUACCAGUUCACACACCCUUCAGGAUGGCUAUUAUAAAAACAAAAAACAGAAAGUAACAAGUGUUGACAAGGAUGUGAAGAAAUUGAAACUCCUGUGCAUUGUUGGUGGGAAUGUAAAAUGGUGCAGCUCCUAUGAAAAUAUGGCCAUUUCUCAAAAAAUUUUAAAAAAUUACCACAGCUGGUCAGUUAGCUCAGUUGGUUAGAGCAUCAGGCUGAUAACACCAAGGUUGAGGUUUGAUCCGUGUCCCAGCCAGCCGCCAAAAUAAAGUAAAAUAAUAAAAAUAAAAAUGGAAUUACCAUAUGGUCCAGUAAUCCUACUUCUGUAUAUAUACCGAAAAGAACUGAAAACGGGGUCUCAAAGAAAUAUUUGCUUACCAAUGUUCACAGCAGCAUUAUUCACAAUAGCCAAGAGGUGGAAGCAACUGAAAUGUCCAUCAGUGGAUGAAUGGAUAAACCAAAUGCGGUAAACACAUAAAAUGGAAUGUUUUUCAGUCUUAAAAAGAAGGAAAUCCCGACACGUCACAACAUGGAUGGACCUUAAGGUGAACCAUGCUAAGUGAAAUAAGCCAGUCCAAAACAGACAAAUACUCUAUUAUUCCACCUACAUGAAAUUAGAAGAGUGAAAUUCAUAGAGACAGAAAAAAUAGAAUGGUGGUUGUCGGGCUGGGGAAGGGGGUAGGGAGUUCGUGUUUAGUUGAUAGAGAAUUUCAGUUUGGGGAGGUGAAAAGAAUGCUUGAAGAUGGAUAAGGUGAUGGUUAUCCAUAUGAAUGUCCUUAGCACCACUGUACUCUAUGUUAAAAAUGGUUAAGAUGGUACAUUUUAUGUUAUGUGUAUUUAAUUAUAAUAAGAACUUUUAAAAAAACAUUGGCAAUCUUCAAUGAAAUUGAUUUGAGUGAAAAUGGUCAAGAGAUUCAGAGGUGCAAGUUGUUGCAGAAAAUGAUAUUCUUACUGUGCUAGAGUAUUCCCCACGUUACAUGAUAAAUUUAAAGAGAUCAAACAAUAUCAUGAAUAGCAGGGCAGACAUCACAAGUCUAAUGUGAAGUACGUUAGGUACAUGAAGUACACAGCACCUUUUAUGAAGCAUUGUUGCCAAAAUAUUUAACUGGAAUCUAAUCAAGUCUUUAAACCUAGCUUCCAGUUUACAGAAAAUUGAAAAAAAUGUGGACACAAGUCCAAAAUAUGUGACAGGCUGGACUUUUAGCUCAGUUGGUUAGAGUGCAGUGUUAUAGCAAGGGUUCGAAUCCCUAUACCUGCCAACUGCAAAAACAAAUACGUGACAUUUUCUAAGAUAAUUGCCCUUGGUCUCUUAAAAAAGUCAAUGUAAUGAAAAAAAAGUAAGACUGUUCUAAAAUCAGACUAAAGAGACGUAACCAAUGAGGGCAAAAAAUAGCUAUAAAAGAGAAUUUGAGGACAACUUUGUAAAUUUGAGUAUGAAUUGUACAUUGUAUGAUACUAGUACAUUUUUACUAUCUUUAGGGGUAAUAUGAGGGUACUUCAAAAAGUUUGUAGAAAAAUGCAGUUAAAAGAUACUAUGAAUCUUUCCAUGAACUUUUCAAAGACCCUUCAUAAUAGUCUUGCCGAUGGGGAAUAGUUUGUUUGUUUUUCCUAUGGUGUUUGGUUGGAGGAGUGUGGGGUAGUCAUAAUGUCUUCUGAUUUGGUAGAUCAUCCUUUUCCCUUUGUUGGUUCCUGUGGGCAGUUUUGGGUUGUGGGCUUCUUCUACACCCAGUCUGGAAUAUAUAGGAGCCUGGACUUCCACACUGGCCCAGUGGUAAUGAGGCACCCUUCUGUCUCUCUGGUCUUAAAGAAGGCUGAACAGGGAGCCUGGAACUCCAACCCUGCUCAGUGGAAAUGUGGGGUGCUUCUCUCUCCACAGUGUCAGUAGAGGUUGAGUGAUAGGUGAG